AUGUCCAUCGCUAACACAGUUACCACACUAAUCAGAGAGCGCCUCGCUGUAAACAGGGGGGGUAUUCUCCUUCUAAAAGCAGUGCAUGAACUGCAGCAGAAACCUCCGGAUGAAGGACUAAAGCCAGAUCGGUAUCAGCAGAUACAAAGCUUCAACCAGGAACUUCCGGUGCUACGAACAGACCAUGAACUUGAUCUGCUACACUUCGGCAGCUCAGCUGUGCCUGACUUCAAAGACCUGAGAAUCCCAUUCGAAUCGAUUGACCAAGAGGAUGGCGAAGGCUUUGAGUGGCCUACAAAGUAUAUAGCUUACCCUAUACAAUGGGAAAGGAAGAUCAAGGCUGAGAAGCUUGCCGUCUCGAAAGACGUCUUACUACAUCUACAAGAUGCCAUUACCGACACGUACACUGACGACGACUACGAAAAUAUCAAGGAAGAGAGCUUGCGAUACAAGCCCGUAGAUUCUCUGACUCGUAUUGAUUCGGAUAGCAGCGAUUCAAUGCUGCUGGACCUUGCGCAUCCUCUACCAUGCAGUUCUCCCUUCUAUGGGCAAGCGACAACCAUCCUGAAACGCAAGGUUGAAGACCUCAAGGUUGAAGGGCCACUUACGCCUCCGAUAUUGUCCGACUCACCCAUGAAGAAGCUGAAGUCAGUCACCUUCUCGGAGACUUUGCACAAUUUCAUACCAGACGCGCUUUGGGGAAAGGGUUUCAAGGACGACGAGGACUUCCUCAACGACGGCUCGGACAUCGACAUUGAUGAGAUCUUUGAGAACUUCGCGCCCUAUGCCCAACAAGCGAUGCAGAAAUUGGAGCAUGAGAAGUUGUCCGGAGCAGACACCACUGCUCGUAUGGAUGUUCCAGAGGUUGACUUCACACUCCCAGUCGCACCCUGGAGUGAAUACAGUCAACAAAAGGGCAGCAAGCGGAGACCUGGCGACACAGAACUGGGCGCUCAGACUAAAUUUCUCCUAAGAGUCAAGCGCGAAGACUUAAAAACAUCAAUAUCGUGGCACGGUCUUUCGAGUCUUGAACGAAGCUUGCCGUGGGGUAUCUUAACCAUCAAGACAGCUAAGAUAAACCUGACGGAGCAGCUGCAUGGUGAGACGGACUUCAACAAGAUACACGCUGAUAUCAAUGACGGCAGCAUCGCGACCAGUUCGUCUCAAGUCUGGAAGUUGGAAGGACUGCGUAUAUUCAAUGAAGGUGAAGACGAAGAUGAGAUCGAAACAGAUCAAUUUGAGGAGAGCAGGGACAUGGAAUCUCUAAUCCGCAAGCGCAAAUUGGAGAUAGAGGAAGAGGCGCCAAAAAUGGCACAGAAGCACACAGCCUCGCAAACACCAGUGAACCAAUCCCAGCCGCAAUUGCCUCGAGAUAUACUUGGGAGCAACCACUGGGACAAUGGAAAACCUAGCACUCAGAAGUCUAACAUCUCACGCUCGAAUCCCCUCCGCCACCAGGAGCAAGCAUCACAAUUGGCAGCGACUCGGCACAAUCCCAGGCAUGCAUCAAAGGAAACGACCGACGACUUGAUGUUCGGAGGCUUCUCAGCUACUUCAGCUCUUCACAAAUUCAUGGAAACUCGAGGGAAAGCUGUAGAGUCAGCUGGUGCUAAGAAGACGAUAGGCCGGCAUGGAGAAGACUUGACCAACAACACGGCACAGACAUUACCAUUAUACGAGCGCGCGGAAAUCGUUUAUAGAGAUUACAACCGACCCCACGCCCCAGCAAAAGAAGCGGACAUGGUGCUCUCACCAUCUACAGGUCUCAUAUUGACGACAUUGCAGCAGAUCAAGCAGCAGCCUCUUCCCGGACAGCCUGAUAGAUCCCCAGUCAAGGAGCGGAUGAAUGCGUUGCAGGUACGCUACGAGAGACUUCUGGUUGUAGUUAGUGAAGGACUAAGUGCCGAGAUGGAAAGCCACGGAUCAAGUCGGCCAGACGAUGCCCGUGACAAGGAAGCACUGGCACGAUUUAACAACUUCGCCGAACAGCUCGAGGGCGAAGUGGUCGUCAAAUACAUCCCUGGAGGAGAGCGCGCAUUAGCCCGCUCUAUUGUUGUGGAAAUGGUGGAGUAUGGCCUUCCACACGGUUCAAAGGACAUUGGUGAUAUCAAACUCAUGGCUGCUGAGACAACGUGGGAAGUCUUUCUGCGCCGCGUCGGCAUCAAUCCCUUCGCCGCUCAAGUCAUCGUCGCCCUGCUGAAGAAUCCUCUCGAUGUGCGUUUACCGGAGACAUCAAGCUCACCUGCAUAUCGCAACAGAUCUCGAAUUAUUUCGGUCUCGGGCCUGCCUGCAUUCCUUCUCAUGAGUGAGGACGAGCUGAUCAAGUCCUUCCAGGCGCAUAUGGGUGGUAGCAGAAUUCUUAGGAGAGUGAGUAGGCUAUUGGGCCAGGAGUGGGUGAGCGCCGCGCAUGGGUUUAGGCUGGGAUGA